ACUGAAACAACGUGAAAGUUGGCUCAUCUUUAAGUUAAAAAAAAAAUUUUAUUUAAAAAAAAUUACAACAACAAAAUUAACAAAUUUUUUAUAAAUAAAUAAAUAAAUAAAAGAAAAAAAAAAUUUAAAAUGAUCGUGAAAAACCCCUCAAAAAUAAAAGUGCCGGACUAUUUGGAUGAACAAUUUUUUGUUAAUACACUGGAAGAAGGGUUACGAGAAACUAAAGUUAAAAUACAUGAAAUCAAUUUUGAAUGGGGUAGUAAUCCGGGAGAUAAUUAUUGUUCUAGUAUUUAUCGCGUGUUGUUAGUUUUUGAAAGAUAUAGCACUGAGAAAGCCGAAAAAGAAAAAUUAUCAUUAAUUGUGAAAACUAUACCGAUAACGCAAGAAACGCAAUUUUUAGAAGAUGUAGGCGUAUUCAUUAAAGAAAAAUUAACCUACACUGAUGUACUUCCACGUCUGGAAAUUUUAACCAAUGGUGAAAAAUUUGGAGCAAAAUUAUACCACGCUAUUAAGGCGCCCAUUCAAACUGUUGUCUUCAAUGAUCUUAAAGUAGAAGGUUUCGAUACAGCUUCACGCCAUGAGGGUUUGGAUUGGUUGCAUAGCAAACUGAUACUAGAACAAUUGGGUAAAUUUCAUGCCACUUCUAUGGUCCUAGCACAUAGAGACCCAACAAUUAUUCCGCGCUUACAGAAAGGCAUGCUUUCUGCCGAAACUGUACUACAAAGUGAGACUUUCUUUAUCAUGUUUGGUGGUUCUUUGGCACAAUUAAUUUCUGUAACUAAGACUUGGCCCACAUUUGAAAAAAUUGCUGAAAAACUACAACGUUACUAUGAUAAUUUUAAAGAAAUCACCUCUAAAUUAGCACUUCCCAAACCAGGUGAUAGAAUUACAGUACUUAAUCAUGGUGAUUUAUGGACUACAAAUUUUAUGUACACUCAUAAUGAUAAAAACUCUCCAAACACUCCCACGAAAGCGAUAUUUGUUGAUUUUCAAUUAAGUUUCUAUGGUAGUCCAGCACAUGAUCUUAACUUCUUUCUUAAUACUAGCGUACAACUAAAUGUACUACAACACAAACGUCAUGAUCUGAUUGCAGCUUAUUAUAAGAGCUUUUCUGAUACUUUAAUAUUUUUACGUUAUGAAAAAGUACCAACUCUGGAUGAUCUUAAAUAUGAGCUACGUAGUCGAGAACUUGUGGGUUUAUUUGGACUUUUUGCUUUUCUGCCUAUGAUUAGUUUACCCAAAGAACUUUCUGAAGGCAAUAGUAUUGAUAGUAUGACAGAUGCAGAAGGUAAACGCAAAAAAUUUGAGGCAGUUUUUGGUAAUCCAAAGUUACAGGAAACAUUCAAAUGGGGUCUUAAGCGUUUCAAUGAUUUGGGAGUUUUAGAUGAUUAUUAAAUGAAGUAGUAAUAGUAUUCAAUUUUUUUGAAUCUUUCUAUUAAUUUUUUAAUGUA